UCAUAUUAAUUUCAUGUCCGUCACACACAGUCAGCUUCCAUUUCGAAACCCAAAAACCAGAGAUUUCUGGUUUUCUCAGUUCCCAGCCCUGCUAUUGUAACAUGAUGUACCCCUGAGAUCGGAAUACAAAGAUUCCUCAAAAAGACAGAAGAUCCACAAUUUUAAACGCAAAGCCCACAAAUACCAGAUUCUCUGCGCUCGUUCAGAUUUCAGAAUCUGGAAUCUUCAUCAUUCAUCUCAUUCUCACUAAAUCCAAUCCCCACCGUUCAUUCCUAAUCCAACGGCCUCCAUCGCACUUGUAUCCUCCAGAGUUCCUGACCCAAUAACCCCUUAUAUUUAUACACGUAGACUGGUUCGUACACAGCGAGACAGAGACAGAUAGAGCUAUGGCUUCCCCUCCGGUGAAUUCUUUACCCACAGCGUAUCAGGCAGGGACGAGCCUCGCCGUACCGGACUGGCUGAACAAAGGGGACAACGCCUGGCAGAUGAUCUCGGCGACUCUGGUAGGGAUUCAGAGUAUGCCGGGGCUUGUCAUUCUCUACGGUAGCAUUGUGAAGAAGAAAUGGGCCGUCAAUUCUGCUUUCAUGGCUCUCUAUGCCUUCGCCGCCGUCAGCAUCUGCUGGGUCACCUGGGCCUAUAAGAUGUCCUUCGGCGAGCAGCUUUUGCCCUUCUGGGGAAAGGCUGGACCGGCGCUUGGUCAGAAGUUUCUGGUCCGUCAGGCGGCGCUGCCGGCGACACCUCAUUACCAUAAGAACGGGGAGCUGGAGACGCCGGAGAUAGAGCCCUUCUACCCGAUGGCGACGAUGGUGUGGUUUCAGUGCGUGUUCGCGGCCAUCGCGGUGGUUAUUCUGGCCGGAUCGGUGCUGGCGAGGAUGAAUUUCAAAGCGUGGAUGAUGUUUGUGCCGUUGUGGCUGACGUUUUCGUACACCGUCGGCGCGUUCAGCUUGUGGGGUGGUGGUUUCUUGUUUCACUGGGGCGUCAUGGAUUACUCCGGCGGCUAUGUCAUCCAUCUUUCUUCCGGGAUUGCUGGUUUCACCGCCGCUUACUGGGUGGGACCGAGGUCGAAGAAAGAUAGAGAGAGGUUUCCGCCGAACAAUGUGUUACUGACGCUGGCGGGGGCGGGACUGCUGUGGCUGGGAUGGGCCGGCUUCAACGGCGGCGAUCCCUACUCGGCUAACACCGACUCGUCCAUGGCGGUUCUCAACACCAACGUAUGCGCCGCCACCAGUUUGCUGGUGUGGACCUGGCUUGACGUCAUCUUCUUCAAGAAGCCCUCCGUCAUCGGAGCCGUCCAGGGCAUGAUCACCGGUCUCGUCUGCAUCACUCCGGGUGCCGGGCUGGUUCAAGGAUGGGCAGCCGUGGUGAUGGGAGCAUUAUCCGGCAGUGUGCCAUGGUUCAGCAUGAUGAUAUUGGGCAAGAAACUCAAAAUAUUCCAAAUGGUCGACGACACUCUCGCCGUCUUCCACACCCACGCCGUCGCCGGACUUCUCGGCGGUAUCCUCACCGGCCUAUUCGCGGAGCCUCGCCUGAGCGCUCUCUUCCUCCCCAUCACCAACUCCAGAGGAGGCGUGUACGGCGGAUCCGGCGGAGUCCAAAUCCUCAAACAAAUCGUGGGAGGGCUGUUCAUCAUAGGAUGGAACCUGGUGGCGACAUCCAUCAUCUGUGUGGCCAUCAGUUAUGUAAUUCCUCUGAGGAUGUCGGAGGAGGAAUUGGUGAUCGGAGACGACGCCGUCCACGGGGAAGAAGCUUAUGCGUUGUGGGGCGACGGAGAGAAGUUGAGUUUAUAUUCUGACGAUACUACUCACCACCAGGGAGUUUUAGCAUCCUGUGGGGCCACUCAAGUCCUCUAAACGACCUGAACCUUAAAAACCAAACAAAACAAAAAAACGAAGAAGGAAAGAGAAAUUAGGAUUUAGGUGUUAUCGUGUACAUAUGUCUGUGUGUGUGUUUUGAAAUGGACAAAUAUUUCUUAUGAGUUUAUUUAAUUUUAUGUUGUUGUUUAGCAAGUGGUGCCAUUCAGGUUGUCUGUAUAUUAAUACGAUGCAGCUUGAUGCCACAAUGGUGUCGGCUGAAUGAUAAUGAAAAACUUUUGUUUUUUAAGGUGG